GGCGGCCCGCCUAGUUACAGCAGAAAUGACGCCUCUGCAAUUCUGAGAGUCCCCAGCAAGCCGGGGCUAGUAUAAAGCGAGGGCGGAACGAACGACUCCUCCCAUCAUGCCAGGGGGCGGCUCCGCGCGUCCCACCCUGGGAGUUAUAGUCCCCUGCCCUUCAGAUCCAGCGGCAUGUCCUCAGCGUGUGAACUCUGUUACCCAGAAGGCCUCCAGCACCGAAGCUGGAAUUCCUCGGUUACUCGUUCUCUCCGGCACUUAGCAGAACCUGUUAGCGCUGCCCACAAGGCUCAGCGGGACUGCGCGAGCCCUCAGAUUCGCUGCUACCCUUAGGUGCCUGCCAUGCCUCACAUCGACAACGACGUCAAACUGGACUUCAAGGAUGUCCUGUUGAGGCCCAAACGCAGUACCCUUAAGUCUCGAAGUGAGGUGGAUCUCACAAGAUCCUUUUCAUUUCGGAACUCAAAGCAGAUGUACACUGGGAUCCCCAUCAUUGCAGCCAAUAUGGAUACUGUAGGCACCUUUGAGAUGGCCAAGGUUCUCUGUAAGUUCUCCCUCUUCACUGCUGUCCAUAAACACUACAGCCUCGAGCAGUGGAAAGAGUUUGCUAGCCAGAAUCCUGACUGUCUUGAGCAUCUGGCUGCCAGCUCAGGCACAGGCUCUGCUGACUUUAAGCAGCUCGGACAGAUCCUGGACGCUAUUCCCCAGGUGAAAUAUGUAUGCCUGGACGUGGCCAAUGGCUACUCUGAACACUUUGUUGAAUUUGUAAAGGAUGUGCGGAAGCGCUUCCCUGAACACACCGUCAUGGCAGGGAAUGUGGUAACAGGAGAGAUGGUGGAAGAGCUGAUUCUCUCUGGGGCUGACAUCAUCAAAGUGGGAAUUGGACCAGGCUCUGUGUGUACCACCCGGAAGAAGACCGGAGUGGGGUAUCCACAGCUGAGCGCAGUGAUGGAGUGCGCAGAUGCUGCCCAUGGCCUCAAAGGCCACAUCAUUUCCGACGGAGGCUGCAACUGUCCCGGGGAUGUGGCCAAGGCUUUCGGGGCAGGGGCUGACUUCGUGAUGCUGGGCGGCAUGCUGGCUGGGCACAGCGAGUCAGGUGGUGAGCUCAUCGAGAGGGAUGGCAAGAAGUACAAGCUCUUCUAUGGCAUGAGUUCUGAAAUGGCCAUGAAGAAGUAUGCCGGGGGCGUGGCUGAGUACAGGGCCUCAGAGGGAAAGACAGUGGAGGUGCCCUUUAAAGGGGACGUGGAACAUACUAUCCGAGACAUUCUUGGAGGCAUCCGCUCCACCUGUACCUACGUGGGAGCAGCUAAGCUGAAGGAGCUGAGCCGGAGAACUACCUUCAUCCGUGUCACCCAGCAGGUGAAUCCGAUCUUCAGUGACAAGAGCUAGACCUGAGCAGUUCUGCCCUCCCAGGGUGCCAGCACCCACCACAGGGCUCCCCAGUGGGCCCCUCUCCCAUCCCAGCUACUAGGGCUAUUACUUGGUCAUUUCCUAUCCUCUCUCUCCUAAGGGCUCCUGCAGUAUUCUGUACUUUAUCUGCACAUGCAAAAUGCCCAGGGCACCCACUGGGGAGGAAGCAAGGAAGGCAGGCUGAGAAAAUAAAGUUAAGAUAAUCAAAUGGGAAUCUGGGGACCCAGAAUCCUGAAGAUUAUUAAAAGGAAAAGAUGCUGAUUCAUACAUAAGUGUUUUAUAUGGCCUUGGUCUGGAAGAGGUAGGCUUUUAGAAUCAUGUUUUGUUAAUCAGAUUCGUUAAAUAGAUGUUUGAAUAUCUACAAAGCUCAGAAGUGUUUAUGUAUUUUAAAUACCUCAAUAAAGAGAGAGCCCAAUGACU